UCGGUUUCCGCCAGCGGGAACAACCGUGGAGCAACUUCCUUUUCACUUUGUACGCCAUCGCGGCAAGAGUGCAUCGUUCUCCUGCGGGAGCUAAGGCUAAUCCAGCGGCGUGCACUGAAACUAUUUGCCAUCAGCACCAUCCAACAAGCCCAUCAAGUCACCAUGCCUUCCAACGACGAGCUCGCUUGCGUUUACGGCGCCCUGAUUCUUCAAGACGAUGAGAUUGCCGUCACCGCCGAGAAGAUCAGCACCAUCCUGAAGGCUGCUGGCGUUGAGGUCGAGCCUUACUGGCCUGGCCUCUUUGCCAAAGCGCUGGAAGGCCUGGACUUGAAAAGCCUCAUCUCGAACGUUGGCUCAGGUGUGGGCUCUGGGCCAGCAGCGGGCGCAGCACCGGCAGCUGCAGCAGCAGCAGCUGCACCGGCAGCAGGAGGCAAGGCGGAGGCCAAAAAGGAAGAGAAGAAGGAGGAGUCUGAAGAGGAGGAUGAUGACAUGGGAUUUGGUCUCUUUGACUGAAGAGGCAAGUCCUGUGGAGCCGUUCAUACCUGUGAAUAAAGCUUGUGUUUUACCAUCAGU